AUGAACAUGACAAGUAUGGCUGGAUUUGUCACUCGGCCGUUUUCUCAGUUUGGUUUUCCACACAGGAACAUUAAGCGGACUACAUUGUCUCAAUGCCUGAUCAGUUUGCAUCAUUCUUUCAUCCAUUCUCGUUGUCAUAAUGAAAUGACAAGUGAUCAUAUCUCAGGGAUUGAUGCAAACAAUGUUUCUACAAACACCUGCAGUCCAGAGAAUCCACAGACUUCCAUUGAAGCAGAUCAUUCUGAGGACGUGGAGAGACUUGUUGGAAACACACCUGAAUCACAGCAGUUCCGAACGCAUCUGAAGCCAGAUUCUCCCCCAGGCUCUAGGCUGCUGCGAGUGGCAGUCAUCGGUCGACCCAACUGUGGCAAGUCAACACUAACUAACGCUCUCAUGGGUUGGAGGGUGACCUCUGUCUCAGAGAAAGUUCACACCACACGAAAGAACACAUUGGCUGUGUUUACAGAAGAUGAAACCCAAGUGGUCUUCCUGGACACCCCUGGUAUCCUGCACCCUGGCAGCAGAAAGAAACACCAUCUGGAGAAGACCCUAGAGAUUGACCCAGUGAGGAGUCUGGCUUCUGCAGAUUUAGUGGUUGCAAUGGUGGACGCAUCCAACACAUUUAUGAUACAAGCUUUGGAUCAGAAUCUCAUGGAGAUGCUGUACCUGUACCGGCACAUUCCUUCAGUACUGGCUCUAAACAAGGUCGAUUUGAUCAAACAGAAGGCAGCCCUCCUGCAAACCGUUCGUUUGCUGACAGAUGGCGUUGUUGAUGGCCAUCGCCUGGACCAUGACAUCAGCACGAAGAAGGUGACGGUGAAAGAGCGCAUGUUUGCUGCAGCAGAUAAAGCUCUCAAACAAACCAGUGUCCGAGAUCCGAGUGAAGAGCAGAUUUCGAUGACAUGGACAAGUAGAACUGAGAAGGCAGCAAUACCAGAAAAUCUGCUAGUCCCUGAUGAGAAUACAUUGAGAAGCCAAGAGCUGUCGUGGGAAGAGUACUUCAACAAGCGUCGCUCAGCUAGUCAGGUCGUAAAGGACAUGCGUGGAUGGCCAUUGUUUAAAGAAGUCUUUGUCUUGUCUGCUCUGAGAGGGGAGGGUGUCCGAAACUUGAAGAAUUACUUGCUGCAGUGUGCCCGACCUGCCAGGUGGGACUACCACAGCAGCCUAGUUACUGACCAGCAUCCCCAGGAGGUGGUGCUCAUGUGUGUCCGGGAGAAGCUUCUGGAGAACCUCAAGAACGAAGUGCCUUAUCAGCUGGAGCUAAGUUUAGUCAUGUUAACUGUUGACCCCGAAGAUCACCUCUUGAAUGUCAUUGUCAAUAUCCACUGUCAGACUGAACGACAGCUGACGAUCUUCCUGGGCAGAGAGGGGCAGAUGAUCCAGAAGAUCUCCAGCCAGUCUAAACAAGCCAUUAUGGACACAUUUCGGUGUGACGUCCGGCUCAAGCUGGUGGCCAAACUCCAGAAAAAGAAAUUAUGA